GGCGUGGGCAGGGGUCUGGCUCCUUGGGCCGUCCACUUAAGCUUCAUGCCUAGAUUGUCAAUUAUUAGCUUGUUAUGGCUUGUUAUACCGUCCCGUGGGUUCGGAGUCCAGACCCUCAGACCCUCCCUCCCUCUCUGCCCUGCUGUUUCCAUCCAGCCGUGUCAUUCCCACCCAGUCGGGUAGCCUGGGCAACUGGGAUCCUCUACACUGUGUUUGUCAGUGUGCUGGCCGCCUUUCGUCGUCCUUGGGGAGGCUUCUCGAGGUGCCACCAGCAUGCCUUGCCCAUCAUCAUGCUACGAGAUGCCAUUCGUGAGAUGCCAUUUGUGCGUCUUGUCCUCUGGGACGCUGGGGGCUGUAGACAUCCAAGCCUCGCUCAUGAGCACAACCUCCCAAGUACUAUCUAUGUAAAUACACCCUUGUCCAGUCAGCCGCACCUCUGGUGUUGGCUCAAUCUCCCUGUUCUCCCUCCUCCGCCGUUGUUAGCGCGCCAUCGAGGCCUGUUUGGAUUCGGGCCCCUGUCUCAAUACUGCUCCCGCCUGGCUGCCCCCGGUCCUGGACAGUCCCUCCGUCUGUCUCUCAUUCUCGUGCCCAAUCUUAUAAGUACAGCUCGCCCCUCCGUCUUGGUACCCGCCCGCCCAUGCCCUGGUCAAUACCCUUCAUCCCACCAGUCGGUUUGAUUGUCCAGAGGAAGAGUGGCCCAACAGCCUGACAACAUGGCCCACGAAAAAAGCCACACCGACAAGGAGGUCAUCGAGCCUCACAAUGGCUACGGCUCGGAAACCGUCGACGAGGAGGUUGGAGUCGUCAACAAGUCGGGCAAAUUGAACCGUGAUCUGAAGUCGAGACACAUGCAGAUGAUUGCCAUUGGUGGUGCCAUUGGUGCUGGUCUCUUCGUCGGCUCCGGAAGUGCCCUUCACACGGGCGGGCCUGCGUCGCUCGUCAUCUGCUACUCCAUCAUCGGUGUGAUGCUCCUGUUCACCUGCCAGGCCCUUGCUGAGUUGGCUGUCCUCUACCCGGUCAACGGCGCCUUCUACACCUACGUCGUCCGCUUUAUCGAUCCAUCCUGGGGCUUUGCCAUAGGCUGGGACUACGCCCUCUCGUGGCUGACCGUCCUGCCUUUUGAGCUUGUUGCCGCCUCCAUCACCAUCAGCUUUUGGCGUGAUGAUCUCAACAUGGGCAUCUGGGUUGCUGUCUUCCUCGUCAUUCUCGCCUCCAUUCAGAUCUUCGGCGUCCGGGGUUACGGCGAGGUCGAGUUUGUUCUCAGCAUGAUCAAGAUUGCUGCUUGCACGGGUUUCAUCAUUCUUGGAAUCAUCAUCAACUGCGGCGGCGUCGGGGACCGGGGCUACCUCGGGGCCAAGUACUGGCACGACCCUGGUGCGUUCCAGAACGGGUUUAAUGGAUUCUGCUCCGUGUUCGUCGUCGCAGCCUUCGCAUUCGGUGGCACGGAGCUGGUCGGUCUCGCGGCUGCCGAGUCUGCCAACCCCAGGAAGGCCAUCCCCCUUGCUGCGAAGCAGGUCUUCUGGCGUAUCUUCUUCUUCUACGUCGUGAAUCUGUUCAUCGUGGGCUUGAUCAUCCCCUCCGACGACGAGCGUCUCCUGGGCUCCUCCGGCGCCAACACCAAGGCCUCCCCUUUCGUGCUCGCGAUCGAGGAUGCUGGUAUCAAGGUUCUCCCAUCCAUCUUCAACGCUGUCAUCACCCUCGCCGUCAUCUCGGUCGCAAACUCCUGCACAUUCGGCUCCACUCGGACAAUGCAGGCCAUGGCUGAGCGAGGCAUGGCUCCAAAGUUCCUUGCACAUGUUGACAAGCACGGGCGCCCCAUCUGGUGUAUUGCUGUGCAGCUCGCAUUCGGCCUGCUGGCGUUCAUUGGCGAGGCGUCGUCGCAGAGCACCAUCUUCACCUGGCUUCUGUCUCUCUCUGGCCUUUCCUACUUUUUUGUGUGGGGUACCAUUUGUGCGACACACAUCCGUUUCCGCAAGGCAUGGAAGCAGCAUGGUCACAGCCUGGACCUCAUCCCGUACAAGCCAACUUUGGGUGUCUGGGGAAGCUGGAUCGGCUUAUUCCUCUGCGGUUUGUGCUUGAUCGCCACUUUCUACAGCUCACUCUACCCGUCCCCUGAUGCUACCCCCGACGCAGAAUACUUCUUCCAACAGUACCUGGCUGCCGUGAUUGUUCUGGCGCUGUACCUCUUCUGGAAAGUCUAUUCGAGGGACUGGCGGUUCUUGGUGCCCAUCCACGAGAUGGAUCUGAUGGCUGGCGCUCGUUUGCAGAGCGUCACGGACAAUGAGGACGACGAGCUCAAAAAGCAACCCUGGGUCAAGCGAAUUGUUCGUGGACUUUUCUAGACAGUCACUGCAUUUCUCAACGCCAGGAAACCAGUUUCCUAGAACAUGCCUUAGAUCCGAAACCCUCCGGGCGGUUGAAUGCAUCUUGCAUACCUGGAAGUUGUUUAGGCCACACCAUUAAUUGAUACCAUGUUGAGAUUCCA